AUGAAAAGUGAUGCUGAAAAAGAAGCUGGUGGUCGUGUAUUAAGGAGUUAUGGAGAAUUCUUUAAACAACAAUAUCAAGAUUACAUUACAAUACUAGGAGAUGAAUAUACCGAAGAAAAUAAAACUUUUUUGCCAAUACAAGCAGUUUUAAAUUCAACAGAACGUAUAUCUAUGAUCGAUCUAGUAUCAUCUGAUAAUACUCUUAUUACCAAAAUAUUGAGUGUGUUGUCGUCUCUAUGUGUUGAAAUAGAACAAAUUAAAUCAGAAGCUUUUAAAACGCAUUUUAAAUUUUUAUCAUCAUAUGAAGAAUACAUAGACAGUGAUAUUUCAUCACAAAUGAGAUCAAUAUGUGAGCUGAGUUCAUUUAUCAGCCGAUGUAAUGAAUUAUUAAGUAAUAUUUUCAACCAAAUAUUCACAAUAUUCAAUGGCACUGAUAUUAAUAUAAAUGGUGUACAAUGGCAUUUUGUUAUCAAUAAGAUUGGUGAAAUUUUCACAAUACUUGUUAUCUCUGAGUUACUCAUAUCAAGGUGCUCACUUGCAACAAAUUGGAAUAAAUUUUGCAAGAAUUUGAAAACUUUUAAUGGAAAACCUGACGCAUUAGACUGUGAUGAAGAAAGACUUCAAGCUUUGAAGGGAGCGAUUGAUGUUAUCACGGCAAAAUUAAUGAACGAUGACAUAGUACAGACAACACUCCAUAAUUUAUUGCUAUUGAGGAAAAAUUACUUAAACAUCCAAAACUGUAACAAAAUGUCAACAGAAUUUAUGCAAUACAUUAAACAUGCUAUAUUUAAUUUAGAUAAAUUAGUACAAGAGAAACCCAAUAGUGAGAAUAUGUACAAAUGUAUCAAAAUAAAUGCUUUGUUUGCUUUGAACUCUCAUUUAUUUGGCAGUAAUGAUAAGAAGUGUUUUAAAACAUUGAUGGAGUUAAAUUCAAAGGCACACAGUGUUUAUGUAUGCGGGACCGUGAUGUGGUUCCCUGAACAAUUCCUCCAGAGGUAUGUACCAUCGGUCUACAGCAACUACAAUAAGCUAUCCCAAACAAUGCUUAAGACACGCCAAGCACAUACAAACGCGAAAAAAGCAAAUUUAACUAAAGAUAUAGUGACUCUCCAAAAUAUUUGCUCUCAGUGGACAUUGAUGGUUGAGGAUAUUUUCGCGAGCAAUAACAAACUUAGUGCCGCUGAUAUGACAGUACAUGCAAAAACACUCCUAGACGGUCUUGAUCUAGCUGCGAGUAUAAACUAUUCAGUUUUGUCUUUCGUUAAUUUACACCUAGCACUUGGUAUACCACUAUCAAAGAAUAUGCUCAUGAAUAUCUUUGAAGUGAUGGAACUAAUAAAGAGUUUGUGGAACACGGUCACCAGAAACUACAAUCAAAUAAUCAAUUCGAUUACAAUGAUCGUCCAACAUUUAAUAUUUCAAGCUGCAUCGUCUAUUUUUGAGACAAAGAAGACCUUGAUGAGUGACAAAAAAUAUGCUAACAAAAGAUUAGACGAGCUAACUUGCGUCGUGAUAGCUGAGCAAGCUAUUAAAGGUGCGGCUACGUUAGAACGUAACAUAGCCACGAAUAUAGCUAUCAGUUUUAUCUCCGACACAACUUUCAUUGAAGACAGUUCCAUAAGGCUAGGAAAACUUCUAGAAAAAAUACAGAUCCUCUCAAAUUUCACAAAGAACAUGGCUCAAUACUGCAACUGUUCAUGGCUGUUGUGGCAUCAAAAUAUAAUUCCGCUUUAUUUCGAGCAGAACUUCAGCCAACAGAUAAAUACUGUGAAGUUAAAGUAUUUCCUUAUGGCCUUGGAGGAUUCUAUUAGUUUUCUGCAAGAAACAGAUGCUUACUUUGGUCUCGAUAAAUCUCUCGAAUUCAGGGACAAGCUGAAAAAGAUGAUCGAAGACCACGUCUUAGAUCAUUUCAGUCAAAAUAUUGAAACGAAUCUGCGCUUGCACAUCCAUUCUCACUUGCAACUGGAUGUAAUAAAUCCUUUGACGUUUGAUAUGCUAAAGAAGACCUUACUUCUCUUGGACAAUAUACGGCUUUAUAACAUUUAUAUGUCAGUCAUUCCAUCUGUGGAACAAUAUUUAUCGAAAACCUAUUACAAUCUAACAACCGUUGUGUUAUCAGAUUGGAAAACAUAUGGAGAAAUGCGACAAAUGGCGAAAUUUAAAUUCAAUAUCACGACGAUCAGUGACAAUUUACCGACGCAAACCUUAGAGCAGGGUUUGGAUGUAUUGGAAAUCAUGCGAAAUAUACACAUUUUCGUGUCGAGAUAUCAAUACAAUCUAAAUAAUCAAAUCUUCAUCGAGAAAAGUAGCAAUAACAAACACCUCAAGUCCAUCAAUAUUAGACACGUAGCUAAUUCUAUCAGGACUCAUGGUACUGGCAUCAUGAACACCACCGUCAACUUCACCUACCAAUUCCUGAAGAACAAAUUCUUCACUUUCUCCCAGUUCAUGUACGACGAACAGAUCAAGUCGCGUCUAGUUAAAGAUUUGAGGAAUUUCAAAGAGACAUCCACGGAUAUGGGGAAUGUAUACUUAUAUAAAAAUGCUGAAAAAUUCAAUAAAGGAAUAAAAGUUUUGGGGGUCGCUGAAGAUGGUCAAAGUUAUCUAGAUUUAUUCAGGGAUCUGAUCAGUCAGAUCGGAAAUGCUAUGGGCUAUGUGCGAAUGAUUCGGUCCGGUGGCCGCCAUUGUUGCUGCGACGCGACUACGUUCCUACCAGACCUUGAACCAAAAUAUUUUAAAAAAUUAUGCGAGGAGAACCUCUUUGAUGAAAAAACUCUACAAACAGCUGAAAAUUUAGAUGACAAUAUUAAUGGUCUCAUAUCUAAUUUCAUACAAGGCACUGAAUAUUUUAAACUUCUCGUAGAAGUUUUUGCACCCGUUUUUAGAAAUCCAAAGAAUGUUCAUCUCAAGAAUUUCUUCAUCAUUGUUCCGCCUCUCACACUUAAUUUCGUUGAACACAUGAUAUUAUCCAAAGACAAAAUGUCCAAGAAGAACAAAGUGGGGGCUUCUUUCACUGACGAUGGUUUUGCUAUGGGCAUAGCUUAUAUAUUGAAGCUACUAGACCAAGAUUCAUCAUUCGAAUCACUGCAUUGGUUUGACUCUGUAUGGAAUCAUAUUAAAAAGAAGAGAGAAAUAAUUAAUGAACAAAACAGUAAGGGGACAUUGCAGCUACAGCAAGCAUUGGCUCUCACUGAGAAGAAGCUAAAAACACUUGAGAUAGAAUACAAACUACUUUAUUACAGUUUAACAAGUGCUAGAAUAUUUUUUAAAUAA